AUGCUUGCAUCGGUCCGCUCUGUUCUGCGCAAAGAGGCCCGUGUGGGUAUCCGUCACUUCUCAGCUGCCCCGGUUCGUUUCCAGGUCGUUUCGUCGAUCAAGAUCCUCGAGGCUUCCGAGGCCGUGAAGGACAUCAAGUCGGGUGAUACUGUUCUCGUUGGUGGUUUCGACCUGUCGGGUACUCCCCGCACUCUCCUUACCGCUCUGGGUGAGUACCCGGAUGUGAAGGACCUGCGUAUCAUCUCGAACAACAUGGGUACCCCAGGCCACGGAAUUGGUAUCCUUGCUCGCAAUGGCCAGAUUGGUCUUGCUAUGAGCUCGUACGUUGGCGGCAACCGUGAGUUCACUUCCCAGUACAAUGCCGGUAAGGUGUCGAUGCACCUCUGCCCGCAGGGUACGCUGGCUGAAAAGAUUCGUGCUGGUGGUUACGGUAUCCCGGCUUUCUACACACCUACUGGUUACGGUACUGCCGUGGAGACCGGAGAAAUUGUUGUUCGCUACGAACCUCGUACGGAGGAGGAGAUCAAGAACAACGCGCCCAUGGUGCCCAAGGAGUACGCUCCCCCGCGUGAGGUGCGUGAAUUCGAUGGCCGCAAGUACCUGCUGGAGAAGGCUGUUCACGGCGACUUUGCUCUUGUUUACGCCAAAAAGGCUGAUAAGGCCGGUAACAUUGUGUUCCACGGUAACGCCCGCAACUUCAACGAUGUGAUGGCCCGUAACGCUCGUAUCACCAUUGUUGAGGCGGAGGAGAUCGUUGAGAUCGGCGAAAUCGACCCUGACGAGGUCCAGCUGCCUGGUGUGUUUGUGAAUCGCAUCGUGAAGGCUACUCUCCCUAUGGAGCUGGAGAAGAAGGUGCUCGCCAAGAAGGAGGGCGACGGCCCUAGCUCGAAGGGUGUCAAGAAGGAGACGAUUGCGGCUCGUGCUGCCAAGGAAUUCUCGGAUGGCAUGUACGCCAACCUCGGUAUUGGUCUGCCCGACAUGGUGCCGAACUUCCUGCCGGAGGGCGUGAACGUUCACCUCCAGUGCGAGAACGGUCUGCUUGGCUGUGGUCCGUACCCCGCUACCGAGGAGCAGGUCGACCCGAGCAUUGUGAACGCCGGCAAGGAGUCGAUCACGACCCUGCCUGGUUCGGCCUUCUUCGACUCGUCGGACUCGUUCGGUAUCAUCCGUGGUGGUCACCUCGACAUUACCAUGCUUGGUGCCCUGCAGGUUACGGCUAACGGUGACCUGGCCAACUACAUGAUUCCUGGUAAGCUUGUUCCGGGUAUGGGUGGUGCCAUGGAUCUGGUGUCGAACCCGGACAACACUCGUGUUAUUGUCCUGACCGAGCACGUGGACAAGCACGGCCGCCCUAAGAUCGUGGCGGAGACCAAGCUGCCGAAGACCGGUGUGCGCUGCGUAAACCGCAUCAUUACAGACUUGGCUGUGUUCGACGUGGACCGCGAGAAGGGCGGUCUUACUCUCGUUGAGCUCCAGCCUGGUGUAACUGAAGAGGAGGUUCGCAAGAACACGGACGCUCCUUACAAGGUUGCUCUCAAGCAGUAA